CUAAAUUCUCUUUCCUCCAUUGUUGUUGUUCUCCGUCCGAAGCUUUCACCCAUCCAUGGCGUCCGUACCCGUUUCCCCUUCCCUCCCCUCCUUCCUCUUCUUCUUCUUCCUCUUGCUCAGCCCUGCACUUUCUCAGCAACAAGCAUCCAAGUCCAGAAAAGAGCGAGCAGGAUCAGGAGAAACCGGAAGCGGAGGAGGCGGAGAAUCAUCAUCGGCGGCGGCGGUGGUUCCACAACUCGAUUGCUCCGGCCGUUGGAUCCACAUCCGGCGUCUCCCGGCGAGGUUCAACCUCGAUCUCCUCACAAAUUGCUCAGAGUACGACCUCUUCUACGAUUUCUGCCCUUACCUCUCCAAUCACGGCCUCGGACCCAAGACCCACAACCGAUCCCACUCAUGGUACCGCACCGACCCUUUCCUCCUCGAGCUCACAUUCCAUCGCCGGAUGCUCGAAUACCCGUGUUUAACCCAAGAUCCCGGCCAGGCCGCCGCUGUCUACCUCCCGUACUACGCCGCCAUCGAUUCCCUCCGCUACCUCUACGGGCCGGAGGUGAACAACAGCAUGGAUCACGGCCUGGAGCUCUUCGAGUUCCUGCAGGAAAACGACGGGUGGAUUUGGGGGCGGAAUUCCGGGUUGGAUCAUUUCCUGGUUCUCGCCCGACCCGCCUGGGACUUCUCCCAGCCUCCAGAUCUCGACCCGCCAAUUUGGGGGACUUCGUUCUUGGAGCUGCCGGAAUUCUACAAUCUCACGGCGCUUGUCGUCGAAGAGAGGUUAUGGCCGUGGCAGGAGCAAGCCGUGCCCUAUCUGACGUCGUUUCACCCCCCGAGUGGCGAGCUCCUCGAUUCAUGGAUCAAUCGCGUCGAGGCGUCUCGAAGAACUACAUUAAUGCUGUUCGCCGGCGGCGGAGGUGUCUCCGCGCAGGCCAACAUCCGGCGGAGCAUAAGGAAUGAGUGCGAGAACACCAGCGAUACGUUUGAGAGCAAUGGCGGGUGGUACUAUUACUCCAAAGUAUGUGACAUUGUCGAUUGCGCUAAUGGGAAAUGCGAGCAUGACCCGAUUCUGUACAUGAGGCCGAUGUUGCAGUCCACAUUCUGCUUGCAGCCUCCCGGAGACACUCCAACGAGGAGGUCCACGUUCGAUGCCAUCAUCGCCGGGUGCAUACCGGUAUUCUUUGAGGAUCAAUCGGCGAGGACGCAGUACAGGUGGCACUUGCCGGAGGAAGCUUAUGGGGAGUUUGCUGUCCACAUUCAGAAGGAAGAUGUUGUUUACAAAGGACUGAAGAUUUUGGAUGUCCUGAUGGGGAUUUCGCGGGCGCGAGUUCGGAGGAUGAGGCAGAAGGUCAUUGAAUUGAUUCCAAGAGUUGUUUACAGGAAGCAUGGAAGUAGUUCUUCAAAGGGGUGGAAAGGGCAGAAGGAUGCUUUUGACAUCGCCAUUGAUGGAGCUCUGGAGAAGAUCAGGUCCAGGGUGAAAGGUGAAGUAGAAAUCGGAGACCUUUCUUCUGUGUGAGAGCUCCAUUGCUUUUCCAGACUGUUGUUGUAACAUUAUUAGCACUUGGUCUUCUUUAUUUGUCUUCGUUUUUUGAAUGGAUGAAUUUUUGAGGAAGAAAGCUAGGGUUAGUAGAGAACUUUGAGCUUGUAUCGCAAGUAUUGUAAAGAGUUUCAGAUUUUGGACAGGAAAGAAUGAAACUUUCUUUAUUUUGGGGAUACCAAAAAUUGAAAAGGGUUACACAGAAGGGAAGCAACAAGUUUGUUUGUAGUACAUAUGGGACACAAAAGGUAAGAAAAUAACUAAACAAAC